AUGGCUUGCAAGGUGCACAAAAGUCUAUCACUGCGCAGAAGACUUCACAUUCUGCGAUUCCUUACCAACUCCAAGAAUAACAAGCUAAAGGUUGCACUGGAAAAUGUCAAAAGAAAAUAUGAAAACCUCAUAGCCACAAAAAGAGACUACAUUAGCCUAUUGAAUAAUAAUAUCGAUGAUAACAAGGAUGUUAAAAUAGUGAAAAUAAGUGAAGGAACAUUCAUGGUGAGGGUGACAUGUGAGAAAGGAGGUGGCAAGUUGGUUGCAAUUUUAGAGGCAUUUGAAGAGAUUAGUAUGAAUGUUGAGGAGGCAAAAGUUUCAUGCGAAAAUGAGUUUUCUAUGGAAGCUAUUAUUGUUACUGAGGAUCAAACUCUUGAUGUUACAGAUGUUACUGAAGUGAUUCUAAAAGCUAUUGAAAAGUAG